AUUAAAAAAAAAAAAAAACAGGAUGCAACAUAUCCAUCAACUUGAAGCUUUUCAUACAUCUUCAAAAGCCUCAAAAAAAUUUUUCAAACUUUAAAAAAAGAGAUGGCGUUGAUGAGAAGUCUACUUGGUGCAAAGAAGAUUCUUGGCCUCUACACCGCAGGAGCUUCAACGAGCAAAAGAGCAGCCUCAGUGGCACCACCAAAAGGGUUUCUGGCUGUGUACGUAGGAGAGAGUCAGAAGACGAGAUAUUUGGUGCCGAUCUCAUACUUGAGCCAGCCUUCUUUUCAAGCUCUUCUCAGUAAAUCCGAGGAAGAGUUCGGGUUUGAUCAUCCAAUGGGUGGCUUAACCAUUCCUUGUCCCGAAGAUACCUUCAUCAAUGUGACUUCUAGGAUCCAGUGAUGAAUAACUGAUUUUCCAGUAUUUUAUUCUUGAAGUAGACUUAUUCAUUGUAUAAUAUAUGACUUUUUUAUCUUUCUUCUUGAAAGAGUUGUUCUAAAUGUUUACAAGGUGAAUGUCAUUUUCAUGCAA